UUACUUUAAAUUGUAUUAGUUUUUUGAUUUGGGAUAUUAAAAUAAGGAAGAAAAAAAGGCUGUAAAGAGAAAGAGAUAACGUAACGUUUGAGCCAUGCUAUAAUGCUUUUUUGGCCUACAAUAAACAUUAAGAUAGUGACAUAUCUCUUUUUAGUAUAAUCUCGUUGACUAAGCUUAAGUUACCUCCCAGACUCCCUCCCACACACAAGUGGUCACUGGUCCUUUCAUUCAAACCCACGGACUGGUUUUGUCAGAAUCCAUUUUCACAUGUCAUGAUGAUGAUGAUACACAUCAUCAUCCCGGGAAUUGUAAUGUCGCACAGAUGAUGAUGUGUAUCUUCUUUUUUGGGCUUUUCUUAUUGGGCUUUACAUACCAAUGUAAAAGCGGAUUAAAAAAAACUCUAAAUCCAAAACCCGGAUACCAACCACCUGACCCGUUUCCAGAUCCAUUUCUUCUUCGUGCACCUGAGAGUAGACACGAUGAGCACGGAGAUGGAGGACUCUUCAGCUGUGCGGCGGCGCGUGUCCUGCACUAAAUACUUCGACGCGCUCUGGUUCUGCUACUGGAUGUCUAGAUGCUCCAACAUAACCAGCAAUGGCGAUGAGACAGAACAAGCACCGUAUUACCAGAUGCAGCAGUACUACCGGGUUGGAAAACUUGAUGAUUGUACUAAGAAGUUCUCUGCUCUCUUUGAUUGUCUUUCCUUAAAGACCAAAAGUGCUUCUGAAGCCGAGAAAAUUAUGGAAGAGCGAGAGAAAGCAGAUGCAGCAAAACAUAUAUGGAUUAUGCGGACACAGGAAGAAGCCUCAAGUCAUUGGAACGAGACUUUCGGGCAUUUGGAUGAUCCCAAUUAUUAGAUAGAAGUACAGUUUCACUUUCUCCACUGGAUUCUUGAUGGUCAUUUUUACUUUCAAGAAACUAGAUUGUUCUGCAGGAUAGAAAAAAGCUUUUGUCAUCAGUUACCAUGAACAUUUUUGAGCUGAGUUAUACCUCAAUCCCUAAAGAAGCGACCCAAAAGGAUGGAGGGGAUGUUCAGAGAUCAAUUGUUAAACCAUAGUUGUAUUUGGUUGAUCUGUUAACAUAAAGGUACUGAAUUUUAUUUAUAAAUUUGAUACUAUUUUUUACAGUUUU